ACUUUGUUCACGUUAUUUCACAGCUUUCAUAAAGUUGAGUUAUGGUCUUAAGCAUGUGACAAAGACGUUGUGUUAAAGAAUUUGACUUGUCUCUAUUCCACAUAUUCAUCUUAUUUAAUGUAGAAUUCUUUGGUUUUCAAAGUGACUCAUCAUUGAUGUUGCUGUGCUGUGGAGGGAGCGGUCCUGACUCAGUGAACUCGGAGCUUUACCUGUAAACCAAUGUAAACACACGUGUUGUGAACUUUCAACACGUGUGAAAGUCACGGCUCUCGACUCCAUCUUUGUUUUAACAUGAAUUAUUGAGCCUUUAAAGCUGCACAUGUUUUAUUUCUGGUCAAUAUUCAAACACUGUGACACAGUGAACUGUGAGAGAACCUUAGUUUGUACAGUUACUAAAAACAUUUCUAUCUUUCUAAGUUUUUAUUCCUCUGCAUUUAUCUGACAUUUGUUCUCACUGAUUAUUUCACGGAUGAUAUUUAACAUAUUUAACAGGAUCAGCUUCAACAACAUGAUAAAAUGUUCUCUAAAACAUUUCCCUCUUAUCAAGUCACUUCAGUCUGGAGCUGAUUCUUUACACUCACUCAAAUUAUUAUUCUUUUAAAACAGAUUCAAUCUUUAUUUUGUGCAACAGAGGAAAUAACGUGAACAAAUCACAUCUCCAUUAAAACACCGAACCCUUUUUUAAAUAUUGUAUUUUACUGAAAAACAAUAACAGCAACUAGUUUAUGAGAUUGAAUCUUUGCAGAUUUCACUUGUAAAGUUGUUAAACUGAGUUCAGACGUUGACGCAGCAGAUUGUGAUCGUCCAUCAGAGCGUCAACGUUUCAUCACAAGACAUUUUACUUUUCUAAAUGUUGCUGAUAAUAAUCAUGAAGCAGGACUUUACACUGAGGAUCUGCAGUGUGUGUCUGUAUGAGUGUGCGUGUGUGUGUUUGUGUGUGCCCUCCCCCCCACUUCUCUUAUCAUGACUUCGGUCAUAAACUGAGCCUAAAGCAGCCUCUGAACAAACUGCUGCCUCACACUCGUCCGUCAGCUGCUGAACUUUCAGGAGCUUCACGUCUGCACCAGUGAGUCGUCUUCAGGUGGACGGAGGUGGACGAUGUCCCACAUCCAGAUGGAGACCAGGUCCAACGGAGCCUCCAAACAUCCGUCCGCAGACUCGGGCCGACAGCAGCACGGUGCCACCGUCAGCUUCCACGAUAUUUACUACAAGGUGUCGCAGGGAGGAAGAUGUUUCUGCCAGAAGAAAGUCACGAGCAAAGACAUCCUCAUCGACCUGAAUGGCAUCAUGAAGCCCGGACUGAACGCCAUCAUGGGAGCGACAGGAAGCGGCAAGUCAUCCUUCCUGGACGUGUUGGCGGCGAGGAAGGAUCCCUCCGGCCUGUCGGGAGAAGUCAUGAUCGACGGAGCUCCUCAGCCUCCGAACUUCAAGUGUCUGUCAGGAUACGUGGUGCAGGACGACGUGGUGAUGGGAACUCUGACCGUCAGAGAAAACUUAACCUUCUCUGCGGCGCUGAGACUUCCGUCCUCUGUCAGCGCCCACGACAAAGAACAGAAAGUCAACAAAGUGAUCCAAGAACUGGGACUGAGCCGAGUGGCCGACUCCAGGGUGGGCACUCAGCUGAUUCGUGGGAUCUCCGGCGGCGAGAGGAAGAGGACGAACAUCGGCAUGGAGCUGAUCAUCGACCCCCCCGUCCUCUUCCUGGACGAACCAACCACAGGCCUCGACGCCAGCACCGCCAACUCUGUACUACUGCUGCUCAAGAGGAUGGCGAACCACGGUCGCACCAUCAUCUUGUCCAUCCACCAGCCUCGUUACUCCAUCUACCGUCUGUUUGACAGCCUCACGCUGCUGGUCACCGGGAAACAGGUUUAUCACGGACCUGCGCAGAGUGUACUGGAGUAUUUCUCAGAUAUCGGAUACACCUGUGAGCCCCACAACAACCCGGCAGACUUCUUCCUCGACGUCAUCAACGGAGACGCCACCGCAGCCGUCGGCAACAACGUGGAUAAAGAAGAUUCCGACUCGGUGUCGAAGUCCAGACGAAGUAUCGAGGACAAACUGGUGGAGGAAUACAGGAACUGUCACUACUACAAACAGACCAAAGCUGAACUGGAAAGGAUCAUUCAGGGAAAGCAGACGACGACGACGUCUCGCUCCAGAACCAUCACGUACAACACCGGCUUCCUGACACAGUUCAGAUGGGUUCUAAAGAGAACGUUCCGCAACCUGAUGCUCAACCCUCAGACGUCCAUUGCUCAGAUCGCUGUCACUUUGUUCCUCGCUCUGAUCGUAGGAGCCAUUUUCUUCAACGUCCAGGAUGAUCAGAGUGGAAUGCAGAACAGGGUCGGAGCUUUGUUCUUCGUCAUAAUCAACCAGUGUUUCAGUUCCCUGUCGGCCGCUGAGCUCUUCAUCUCCGAGAGGAAACUCUUCAUUCAUGAGUACACCAGUGGUUAUUACCGUCUGUCCGUCUACUUCCUGUCCAAGCUCCUGUCCGACAUUCUCACUCUGAGGACCAUUCCUGCCAUCGUCUUCAGCUGCGUGGCGUACUUCCUCAUCGGUCUGAAGCCCACAGCUGAGGCCUUCUUCCUCUUCAUGUUCACCGUCAUGCUCGUCGCUUACACCGCCACCUCCAUGGCUCUGGCCAUCUCCGCCGACCAGACGGUGGUGGCCAUCGCCAACAUCUUCAUGACCAUCACCUUCGUCUUCAUGAUGAUCUUUGCUGGUCUCCUGGUGAACCUUCCCUCCAUCUCCAGUUGGCUCGCCUGGUUAAAAUACUUCAGUAUUCCCAGAUACGGCCUGAGUGCUCUGCAGGCGAACGAAUUCACUGGACUGUACUUCUGUCACGGACUCAACGACACCAUCAUCCCACCUGGACUCGCUUGCACGGGGGAGGAGUUCCUGGCGCUGCAGGGUGUGGAUUAUUCCUCGUGGGGUUUGUGGCAGAAUCAUUUAGCUCUGGGCGUCAUGACCGUCUGUUUCCUCACCAUCACUUACCUCAAACUACGCUUCAUCAAGAAGUUCUCCUAGACCUUCAUCAUCAUCACUGUCACCAUGGCGACAUAAUCACAGCCUUAUUAUCACGUCUCUGUUUUGAUUCAGUCACGAAAAUAACAAGAAUUUUCACAUGAACUGGUCCGUUGUUUGUAAAAUGAUUGUUUGUUGUAUAUAGAUAAUAAUAAUAAUGAAAUGUAUUUAUAGAGCACCUUUCAUUCUUUAUUGUUAUUCACUCCGUACUAAUGUGUAGCACUUUUUAUUGAUUGAUUGAUUUUUAGUCAUUAUUGAGACUAAGAUGAUUUUUUUAAUAAUAAAAUAAUUGAAUCUG